AUGAGUGAGUUCAUGUCAGAGACAAACCCUGAGUGUCAGCAGUGUGGGAAAGCCUUCAGUACUUCCAGGGACCUUCAAGAGCAUGAAAGAACUCACAGUGGGGCGAAGCACAGCCGGUAUCAGCAGUGUGAGGAAGCCUUUAUCUAUUUUAGUAGCCUCAGAAGCCACGAAAGAACUCACACUGGGGAGAAGCCCUAUGAGUGUCAGCAAUGUGGAAAAGCCUUCAUUAUUUCCAGUGCCCUUCGAAGACAUGAAAGAACUCCCAUGGAAGAGAAACCCUAUGAAUGUAAGCAAUGCGAGAAAGCCUUCAUUUGCUCCAGUGCCCUUGAAACUCCAAAUAACUCACACUGGGGAGAAACCCUACAGAUGCGCGCAGUGUGGGAAAGCCUGCUCUUGUUCCAUUCACCUUCAGGAACACGAAAGAACUCACACUGGGUGGAAGAAGUCCUAGCGGUGUCAGCAGUGCAGGCAUGGUCCACGGAAGAGGAACCAGGAGGAGAAUCUGCUGUCUGUGUGCUGCUUUGUGCCGGCUCCAUUGCUGAAUCCCACGCAGAGCCAAAGAAGCACAUAGCCACCCUGCAAGACCAUGCCUGCAGUCUCAGCUCCAUCUUUAGAAGCUGGUGGACACAUGAACAUACAUGGGCUCCCCAGUUACACACGCAGGGAAGCGAGCAAGUUGGCAGCUACGCUGACGGAGCCAUCAGCCCUCACCUCUUCCAAGAUCAGCACUCUGCUGCACUCUACAUAUUUCCACAGCUGAAAAACCUUCAAUUUGACACUCCUGCUGGAGAUCACGUCAUUCUGGAUGAUGAAAGGAAGCUCGAGGCUGAAUGUGAUCAAGUGGACCCUGGCAUUUGCACACACAUGGACCAGUGCACAAUGUGUGCAGAUCAUCAGUACGCCAACCCUGAGAGAAUCUGCUGCCUGCUGAAAGUUGAGAGCUUCCUGGCUUAUGAAGACUCUUUGGGCACGGCUCUGGCCUGCACCGCUCUCUGCUGCUCUGCACUCAUAGCUGUUGUUCUAGGGGUGUUUGUCAAGCACUAAGACACCCCCAUUGUCAAGGCCAAUAACUGGGCCCUCAGCUACAUCCUGCUCAUCUCCCUCACCUGCUGCUUCCUCUGCUCCUUGCUCUUCCUUGGCCCUCCCCACACAGCUACCUGCAUCCUGCAGCACAUCACAUUCGCAGUGGUCUUCACCGUGGCUGUGUCCACAGUCCUGGCCAAGACCCUCACUGUGGUUCUGGCCUUCACGCUCACGGCUCCAGGGAGAAGCACCAGGCAUUGGCUGGUGGCCCAGGCUCCUAACCUCCUCAUCCCCAUCUGCACCCUCAUCCAGGUGACUCUCUGUGGCCUUUGGCUGGGAACCUUUCCUCCCUUCAUGGACACAGAUGCACACUCUGAACAUGGCCACGUCAUCAUCCUGUGCAACAAGGGCUCCCUCACCGCCUUCUACUGUGUCCUGGGAUACCUGGGCGUCCUGACCCUGGCCAGCUUCACAGUGUUUUUCCUGGCCAGGAACCUGCCUAACACCUUCAAUGAGGACAAGUUCCUCACCUUCAGCAUUCCGGUGUUCUGCAGUGUGUGGCUCACCUUCCUGCCUGUCCACCACAGCAGCAAGGGGAUGGUCAUAGUGACCGUGGAGGUCUUCUCCAUCUUGGCCCUCAGUGUGGGCCUCCUGGGAUGCAUCUUUGCCACUAAGUGCUACAUCAUCUUGUUGAGGCCACACAGAAAUUCUCUGCAAGGAUUCAGGGCUAAAUCCCAUUCUGGGAGAAGUAAACCUUCUUAA